AUGCUGAACUGCAUGCGUCAUUUCUGUAAAUCCUGCAUCAGACAACUUUGGAAGAGCUACAGCAGCUCACUUACCUGUCCACAAUGCAGAUGGAAAUUUCCCAUCAAGGCAUUCUGCACUAACUUUCUAGUAGCACCCAAAAUAUUUAUAAAGUCUGUGAAUGUACUGAAUACUGGUGGUUUUAUCAGUGGAUCCCAUUACUUGGAGGACUGGGUGGGAACAAAGACCAAGUGGGACAUAGGUGUUGCCCAAAAAUCUGCAAACAAGAAAACUAAGGUCAAGCUCGGAUCAGAGGAUGGUUAUUGGAUAUUUAGGUUGAGGAAUGAUAAUGAAUAUAUAGCUGCUAGUUAA